UUAGGGAUGUUCCCGUUAACUGGAAAAACUAUCAUCUUUGACAGUUUCCCUGAUCCCUCAGAUACGUGGGAGAUUAUUGAAACCAUUGGUAAAGGGACCUAUGGCAAAGUCUUCAAAGUAUUAAACAAAAAAAAUGACAGCAAGGCUGCAGUUAAGAUUCUGGACCCAAUCCAUGAUAUUGAUGAAGAAAUCGAGGCUGAGUACAACAUCCUCCAAGCUCUUUCUGAUCAUGAUAAUGUGGUCAAAUUCUAUGGAAUGUACUAUAAGAAGGAUGUAAAGAAUGGAGAUCAGCUCUGGCUUGUACUAGAGUUGUGCAAUGGAGGUUCUGUGACCGAUCUUGCCAAAGGACUACUAAAAAGAGGUGAGAGGAUGAGCGAACCAGUCAUCGCCUAUAUCCUACAUGAAGCUCUCAUGGGUCUGAAACAUUUACACAGCAACAAGACGAUUCAUCGUGACAUCAAGGGCAAUAACAUCCUAUUAACAACAGAGGGAGGCAUCAAACUUGUGGAUUUUGGUGUUUCAGCUCAGUUAACUAGCACUCGCCUUCGCUGCAACACAUCUGUUGGAACCCCUUUCUGGAUGGCCCCAGAGGUAAUAGCAUGUGAACAGCAGCUGGAUUCCAGUUACGAUGUACGAUGCGAUGUCUGGUCUUUGGGUAUAACAGGCAUUGAACUUGCAGAUGGUAACCCACCUCUAACAGAUCUACAUCCAAUGAGGGCACUCUUCAAGAUACCCAGAAAUCCACCUCCAAAACUGCAUCAGCCAGAGCUGUGGUCAGAAUUGUUUAAUGAUUUUAUUACCAUAUGUCUCAUUAAAGACUUUGAACGUCGCCCAGCUGUCUCUGACCUCCUGGAGCAUCCCUUUAUCAAACAGAUUCAAGGAAAAGAGAAGGCUCUACAGAAACAAUUAAUGGAGCUUAUAGACCUUCACCAGCAAAUGGGUGCCAUUGAAAAGACAAGGCAUGAACGUAUUCACACGAAGAAGGGCCAACAUAUGAAGAGUAACACCAAUUCAAGCGAGGAUAAUAGAGAUGAUCUUGCUACACUCGAAGUGCUCGAUGAAAAUACAGUCACUGAGCAGCUGCAAAAGCGUUACAAUGAGCAACAGAUAUAUACCUACGUCGGAGACAUCCUUAUCGCUGUUAAUCCAUUCCAGAAACUGGAUAUCUAUUCCUCAGAGCAUUCCAAGCAGUACAUUGGUGCGAAGCGGACUGCCAAUCCACCCCACAUCUUUGCUGUGGCAGACAUUGCUUACCAGGCUAUGGCCACUUACAACUCAGAUCAGUGCAUUGUGAUCAGUGGAGAAAGUGGUGCUGGGAAGACUGAAAGUGCCCACUUCUUAGUCGAGCAACUCACUGUCCUUGGAAAGACCAAUAACAGGAUGCUGCAGGAAAAGAUUCUCCAGGUAAACAACUUACUAGAAGCUUUUGGAAAUGCCUGCACAAUAAUCAACAACAACUCCAGCAGGUUUGGCAAGUACUUGGAAAUGAGGUUUACCAGUGGCGGGACAGUCAUGGGGGCUCAGAUCUCAGAGUACCUGCUUGAGAAGUCAAGAGUCAUCCACCAGGCUCCAGGAGAGAAAAACUUCCACAUUUUCUACUAUAUCUAUGCUGGCCUGGCACAGAAGAACAAGCUAGCUCAUUAUAAGUUGUCCAAAGGUCAACCUCCAAGGUACCUUCAGGAUGAGAAAAUUACAAUGAUGGAGGAAAUUGUAACCAAUUCUUUCUACAAGGCUCAAUUUGAAGCCCUGGAACAGUGCUUCAAAGUCAUUGGUUUCACACUUGAGGAACUGGGGAAUAUAUACAGCAUUCUGGCAGCCAUCUUGAAUAUUGGUAACGUUGAGUUUACCUCAGUUGUAACAGAGCACCAGACUGACAAAAGCAAUAUUGUUAAUCUUGGGAUGCUUGAAAAUGCCUCUUCAUUGCUCUGUAUCCAAACUGAUGAGCUACAAGAAGCUCUCACCUCUCAUUGUGUAGUGACCCGAGGAGAAACAAUUGUGCGUCCCAAUACAGUAGAGAAAGCAACUGAUGUCAGAGAUGCGACAGCCAAGGCUUUGUAUGGCCGUCUAUUCAGCUGGAUAGUCAACCGCAUCAAUACCUUACUAAAACCAGAGACAUUUCUGAGUGAUGCUGCUGAUAAUGUGGACAAAGGCAUCGAUAUUGGAAUUCUUGAUAUAUUUGGCUUCGAGAACUUUAAGAGAAAUUCCUUUGAACAGUUAUGCAUUAACAUUGCCAAUGAACAGAUUCAGUUCUACUUCAAUCAGCACAUAUUUGCCUGGGAGCAGAACGAAUAUUUGAAUGAAAAUGUGGAUGCUCAAUUAGUUGAAUAUGAAGACAAUCGGCCACUGCUGGAUAUGUUUCUGCAGAAGCCUGUGGGCCUUCUCUCACUGCUGGAUGAAGAGAGUCGCUUUCCUCAAGCCACUGACCAGACACUUGUAGGGAAAUUUGAAGACAACCUCAAAUCAAAUUACUUCUGGAGACCAAAAACAGUUGACUUAAGUUUUGGAAUUAAUCAUUAUGCAGGAAAGGUUCUUUACAAUGCCAGUGGCUUUCUAGCAAAGAAUCGAGACACUUUGCCAGCAGAUAUUGUCCUGCUGUUGAGAUCAUCUGACAAUAAAAUUACAAGACAGGUUGUAACACACCCACUUACAAAAUCAGGAAACCUGUCUCAUUCCAGGGGCAAAGGUGCAACAGUCCCCCGAGUUCGAACUCCUCAACGUUCUAUGAACCAUGGAAAGGUCGAUGAAUCUGUAUAUCACAGCUAUUAUUGCCUUUGUGAGGGAUUGAAAAUGUUGAAAACCCUGAUGACAUGUCACCAGGAAAAACAACAACUCCUAAUACCACUCAAGAAGUCAGCAACUCACAGCAGCCUUCGUCACUCAUUCCACCUGUCACAAGCACCUGUGCAGGUUGACAAUGGAGAUUCUGCGCUUCAUCCCAGAGAAACCACUAACAUGAAGACACAGACUGUUGCAUCUUACUUCAGGUAUUCACUCAUGGAUCUCCUCUCCAAGAUGGUGGGUGGUCUGCCUCAUUUUGUUCGUUGUAUAAAACCAAAUAAUGACCGCCACGCCAAGAAAUUUGAUCAAGAAAAGGUGUUGGUACAGCUUCGAUACACAGGAGUUUUGGAGACAGCUCGUAUCCGUAGACAAGGAUAUUCACACCGCAUUCUCUUUGCAAAUUUCAUUGAAAGGUACUAUAUUCUUGCAUUCAAGUCAACUGAAGAACCACCAGUGAAUCCUGAUAUAUGUGCUGCCAUUUUGGAAAAAGCUAAACUUGAAAAUUGGGUUCUGGGGAAGACCAAAGUGUUUCUUAAAUAUUACCAUGUGGAACAGCUCAAUCUCAUGAAGAAAGAAAUAACAGAUCGAAUAGUUCUGGUACAGGCCUAUGUGAAAGGCUGGCUUGGAGCUAAAAGAUACAGAAGGUUGCAAGAGAAGAGACAGCAGAGUGCAGUCGCCAUUCAGUCAGCUUUUAGAGGGCACAAAGUAAGAAAGGACAUUACCAUAGAAAAACAGAAGCUAGAGCAGACGAUUAUUAAACUCCAGGCUGUUGCAAGAGGAUACCUGUGCAGAAAAGAAUACAAAGAAAUACUGGAGGAAAAGAGAGGUGCUGCUAUUAAAAUCCAGGCUCACUACAGAGGCUAUAUGGACAGAAAGAACUUCAACAUGAAAAUAGAAUAUGAAUUAAAUAAUCCUUACGAAAAGCAACCAAAUAACUCUAGUGAAGAAGACAUGCAAGAAGCAGGAAAUUGCCCUGGGAAAAUGGUGGAGGGUGACAGAAACAAGAGCAACCCCGCAUUCAAUAAUAGCAUUAAAGACAUGCAUCAUGAAAAUGCAGAAAGGAGACUAUCAAGCCAUGCCACAACAGCGUCUGAUGUGAAAGAUAAUGAAGAUGAAGAUGCAAAAAUCAUUCAGAGCAACUAUCGUGGAUACCGGGAGAGAAAAGGCCUAGAGGGUAAAAAAAAGCAGCAAGAAGAGAAAAAGGGAAAUGAGGAAGAUGAUGCCAAAGCUGCUAUUGUUAUUCAAAGUAACUAUCGAGGUCAUCGGGAGAGAAAGAGACUGCAAGAGAACAAGGUUCCAGUUAAAACCAAGGAAAUAGAAGUGUCAAGAAAAGGAAUCCAAGAACUACAUCAACCACAAAAAGGAAUUGUAGCCAGUGAAGGUCCAAAUGAAGUACCAGCUGGAACAAUUAUUCAGAGCAAUGACAGAGGAAACAAAGAAAGGAAACAACUGAAAGAAGAAAGGAAAAUAGAUGAAAAUGGAGAGAUGACAGCCCAUGAAAAAUCUCAAACAGUCAGCUCUAAGGAGGAUGAAGAGCAAGCAGCAGUGAAAAUUCAGAGUAAUUACAGAGGCUUUAAGGAAAGAAAGCAAAUUCAAGAUAACACUCAGAGAGAAGGAGAAAUGUUUGCUAACUUUUCAAAGCAGAUAACGAAGCAUUCUGAUGAAUUCCUGAUCGCCCAGAAGAAGCUAAAUGAUGUUAUUGCCUCAAAAUAUCUGAUGGUUAAGAGCCAGAAUCCACAGCCUGAGACAAAACAACCAACCGGGAGACCUUCUUCCCCGUGUCAACCAGGGCCCAGUAAAGGAAAUGAUCAGAAACAGCAAAGAACCACCAGACGGACCCAACCACCAAAGACAUUAAAUACACCUGAAGACAGCACCUACUACAAUCUCAUUCAUAGGUCUGUGCAGGAUGGGAAGCGAAGACCUCGGAAAGACAGCCAAGUAAAGUUGCUGGAUGCAGAUGAUCGUUACUACAGACAAAUUACACCCAGUGAUUCACUCUCUGAGGAUAAUCACGCUGAAGCAACAGAGAGAAUGCCAUCUGCAGAACUCAGAUCUACAACACCCAACAGUUCCAACAGAAAUGUAGAUUUUAAAACAAUUGACAACUUUGAUCAUAUUUGCAUACAUCUGAGUGGCAAGAAUCCUUUACAUGAUGUAGCAUUAACUUUGGCUGAUAUAUUUUAUGUCCUGAAUGUGGAGCUUGACUGCCGCCUCCUUUCAUACAUGGUGCACAACGCUCUUGUGGAGAAGAUUCUCAAGAGGGAAAACCAGAGUGAGCAAGAGCAGACGCUGGUGUCCGGGAAAUCUUGGGAGAAUCUGUGUCGGAGGGCACAGCCCUCUCCAAUCUCUGCUCAUCUAGACACAGAUACUGUGUCCCAGGAGCUGUUGAUGCAAAUGAUUCUAGAUUUCAAGAAAGCUUUAGAGAUAGUGCUGGCCAUGAAAAGCCCAAAUCAGCGUUGGUCUUGGGAGGCGCCCCAGAAAGAAGCUUUCAUAAAUGUGAAGCAAUGGUUGCACUCAUCCAAUCUAUUAGCGUAUUAUCACCAGACGAAAGAAUUGGUGCUGACAUGUGAUGCAACUCCGUACGGAAUGGGAGCAAUGUUAUCUCAUCGGAUGCACGAUGGCACAGAACGGCCAAUAGGUUACGUUCCUUGCUGGUAUGUGCUUGACAGAUCAGAGAUUGGACAAGUUGGGACCCAGACCUUUCCCAAGUAUGAGAACAAAUGCUGCAUGGCUUCAGGGUCACCGGGUGCCUGGGGUGAAGUGCCACCCUGCCACGGACCUGACUAUUGUCAGGGGGGGUUUCAGAGGCAACUGCUGUCCAGCCACGGAGGCAACUGUUGUCAGAGGGCGGGGAGAGGCAACUGCUAUCCUGGAGUUGGAUCCCAAGUGCAAGAAAUCGAGAUGGCGGGCAAGGACCAAGAUGCAAGGGCCAUUGGAUUCUCCUGGAGCAACAAUAUAACGAGGCUCAUGCUACAGCUCACAACUUGGGCUGACGCAGAGCAUCGGGAUGCUGAAGAUGAGGAUCCAGUGCUUGGACCGAAUGAGUUGGCUGAGGUGAAGAUGGAGGAGCUGCACGUCUCCUCAAAUGAGGGGGACACCGACGGGUACGAGGCUGAGGAUGACCUUGGAGACGACGAUGACGGGGAUGAGGCCCUCGGACUGACUCACCAACCAGGGGAAAUAUCCUAUCAACAUGAACCCUAUCACACCCUGAAAGAAUUUUACUGCAUGGACCCUUCCAGGUAUCGGAAAGCAUUCUGUAACCCUGAUAAUGGGGUCUCCACUGGAGGCAACUGCUCUCAGGAGGAAGAGAGGGCCAAAAGCUUUCCAGAAGCUAACUGUGCCGUUUUUAAAAUGGCCGUUGAGUCGUCAUUGCACCUGGUGGACGCCAGCAGCCUCUUCCCGAACAUUGGGUUGCUGCCGUUCAUGCUGCGUGGGCCUUACUUGGCCCACCAGUGUGAAAUCGCAAUCCAGGGCCAAUUCCCAUUAGUUCCAAAAGAAGAAAGUCAAGAUGAAGAUAACCCAUAUGACUAUAGGAAAUUGCUUCGUAAAACAUCCCAAAGGAAUCGUCUUAUCGAGCAAUGUUAA